AUUCACAUCCACCAGGCAUCAAGCUAUAGCAAUAUUAUAUCCGAAAUGCCCUGCAGAGUUCUCCCCGACUUCGUGAAAGAGUUGAAGCGCGAUCCCACUGGUAAGGGAUUUCUUCACCUCGGCAAGGAUGGCGUAUUGCGAACUGCCUCGAGUGAAUACGAGGUCGUGGACGCGCGCGGUCUGACUCCUGAGCAGAUCAAGACCCUUCUGGAUAUUUUGCCCUUUGAGGAGGACCAGAGAAGGGAGCUUCAGGAUGUGGAUGGUUCGCUGGUGACGAGUCAUGAGGCGUUGUUUCAUCCGGCACCGGGGAUACUGCCGGACAAACCUACAGAGGAGGAGGCUGUGCAGAGGCGGAAGUUGAUAGAGCAGCAGCGGGAGAAGUAUUUAAGGGCGAGAGGCAAGGAUUCCUCAGAGAGUUGAUCUAGUCAGGGUUGUGCCGAUGCGAGGGACUCACGUCGAAUGCGCAAUAGCACAUUGGAUUCCGUGGGGGCCUGUGCUGGUUGUGUUCUGAUAUAAGCAAAGAAAUGUAUCCUCUCUUAUAUUAAAGAACUACCCCCGGAUAUUACAGGAGUCCUAGAUUGAAGUAAGAUAUUGGAAGAUACAUACAAAUUGAAAGUAGGACUUCCAGGCUAAAUAGGUUACUGGAUGAACUUAUGAUUAGAUAAUCAUAGACUCGAUGGUGGUUAUACUGGUCAUUCAACAUUAAA